UUAGUGUGGUGUACAUUUGACAAUGGAUUAUGUUCCGGAUGGAACCAAUCCACCUCAGAUGACUUUGAUUGGACUCUUUCGUCUGGUUCAACACCAUCAUCAUCUACUGGCCCGUCGUCUGGGCAAGGAGGAUCAGGUCAGAUUUAGUUCAAUUAAUUUCUUUUAGUCCCAAAUCCGUCUUAGUCAAUGCAGAAGAAAUGAAGCUUUAAUGAAGUUCCGGUAGUCAUGGGCAUAAAGUAUAUUUUAGUCUACGUUACAGGUUGUUUCGGUGAGAGCUCUAACAGUAACAAGACAAUACCUCAACUCAAAGCCAUGACAGAACGUAGCUCUGCCGAGCCCCUUCCCAUGAUGCCUAGUAUUAGGGUUACCACCCUCUAACACCUUCCCCCCAGUAAAAUGUACAAUUUUACGCUUAACUAGAGUAUCUUUGCGGCAUUUUCACUAAGCGUCACGAACAUGUCCGUUUAACAGUUUUAAGGUCCAUCUUAGUGCAUUUAGCAGGCUCUGCAGCCUUUGCAGCGUCUUUUAAUGGCUUUACUUUUUUUCCAUUCUUUUCAACAACAGCGACAGGUAGGUUUCCGUCUGUCGGGUUCUGUGCUGCGGAUUUCGAGGAGGGUUCCGUAACUUUGACUUGCCGAUCUUCCUUAAGAUGUACACGGUUUCUUCUGAGCAGUUUACCAUCCACAUGAACAUCGUAUGAACGGUAUCCAAAGUUCUGUGAGACAGUUCCUUUCUUCCACUCUUGUCCUUUCAACAGACCUUUAUGCUUGACUCCAACGGUAUCUCCAGGCGUUAAUUCACUUAGGUCUUUAGCAGUGCGGUCAUAAUAGGCUUGCGAUUUCUGGUGUUUCUUAGUUUUCUCUGCUAACACUGUUUCUGCAAUCUCAGGUGUUAGUAAUGUCGCUUUCAUAGGUACUUCAGUUCUUGUUCGACGGUUUAGGAAUCUUUAUGUGGCAGAUGUUGUUAUGCCAGCAGUAGGCGUGUUGUGCUGGUCAAGUAAUGCUUCGUACGGACUCAAUUUCGUUUUCUCAGCUUUCCUCAGCAAAGUUUUGACAAUGUUCACAGCAGAUUCAGCUUUUCCAUUACUUUGGUGGUGAUAUGGUGAAGAUUUGGUAUGUUUAAUCUUCUUUCGUUGGCAGAAUUGCGAGAACUCGACUGAGUCGUAGUUCUUACCACAGUCUGUGACGAUCUCAUCAGGAAUUCCCCAUCUCGCAAAUUGUUUUUGCAUUAGAUUAAUGGUUUCACAUGCAGUUUGGGUUUUCAUCAAGUCAAAUUCAAUCCAGUCACUGUAAUAGUCAACUAGAACAAGAUAGAGUUCUUUGUUCCAUUCAAAAAUAUCAGAUCCAACUGUUGACCAGGGUCUGUUAGGAAUUUCAUGACUGAUUAGUGUUUCUUUUUGGUUCUUAGUCUGGAAAGCAUUGCAGACUUCACAUGUAGCAAUGAACUGUUUCAAUUGAUUGUUCAUUCCGGGCCACCAUAAUGAAGCUCUAACAAGCCUAAGGGUUGACCGAGCGCCCAUAUGUGCUUGGUGUAAUUUAAUAAUCAGAGUGUUUCGGAGUAUUGCAGGGACUACGAUGCGGUCACUCUUGUAAACGUUUCCAUUGUUAAAGGACAGUCCAUCCUUAAUGUUCCAAUACGGUAAGAUUUCAACAGGAACAUUUCGUUUGCUUGGUUUCCAGCCCACUGAUAUGACCCAUAAGACAGCGUCCUUUGCAGUGGCUUCUGCAAUUUGAGCGAAGUUGCUUGUUAAGCUUUGUUCUUCAUGAACAAGUCUUGUCCUUUCAAUCUCUUGUUUGAUUUGCUUCGGUGCUGGUUAGUUGGUUGAGAUCUGCUCAGGGCAUCAGCAAUAAAGAGGUCUUUGCCUUUACAUAUUUGAAUUCGACAUCAUAUCCCAUGAUUCGACAUAGCAUUCGCUGAAGUCUAACAGGGUUAUCUUCAACAGGUUUCUUCAAUACGGCAGCAAGGGGUUUGUGGUUGUUAUAGACUGUCACUUUCCUACCAAAAGUGUUGGUAUUAAAUCUAGCGAGCCCAAAUACAAUACUAAGCAUCUCUUUCUCGAUUUGGCUGUGACGUUUUUCAGUGUCUGUUAAUGCUCUCGAUGCAUACUGCUACUGCAUAUGCAUAUUGCAUACUGCAUACUCUCGAUGCAUACUGGUCGGCCGUCUUGCAUGAGGCAGGCUCCUAAACCACUUGAUGAUGCGUCCACUUGGACCAACUUGUUCAGCCACAUUGAAGUAUCUUAGCAGUGGUGCAUUCAGAAUGAGGGUCUUAAUUUCAUCAAAAGCUUCCUGUUCAUUUUCUUCCCAGAUAGACGCAGUGCUGUUCUUCAGCAGAGCUCGUAUCGGUUCUGACUUGGUUGGCAAGUCUUCUGAAAAUCUUGAGAGGCAGGUAACAACACCAAGUAGUCUUCUGACCUCAUCUUUGUUGGUUGGGGCAGCCAUUGACUGAAUGCAUUCUUGUUUCUUGGGGUCAGGUUUAACUCCUUUGUCUGUAAGGACCACACCCAUGUAGAACAACUCAGUCUUCCUCAGCCGGAACUUCUCCUUAUUAAUUUUAAUAUUCUUCUUAUGGCAUCGCUCCAACAAGGCAAGCAAUCUCUUGUCAUGGCUAGCUGUUGCUUCUUCAAUGUUUUCUCCAUCGCCCCAGAUCAAUAUGUCAUCAGCUAUGGCUUUUACCCCUUCUAAUCCUUCUAGAUUAUCAUCAAUUCUUCUUUGAAAUUCUUCAGGUGCUACACUGAUGCCAAAAGGCAUUCUUUUCCAUUUCAUCCGUCCAAGAGGGGUAUUAAAGGUUGUCAGCAAGGAACUUUCUGCAUCUAAUGGUACAUGCCAAAAAGCAUUCUUGAUAUCAGCUAGGGAGAAUACUUUAGCAUUGCUAAUGUCUGUAAGCAGAUGAUCGACAGUUGGGAUUGGGUACUCAGAUCGUUUGAGUGCCGUGUUCAGUGGUCUGCUGUCUAUGCAAAGCCUAAUUCCAUUCUUAGCAGAAGGUUUGUUUUCAAUUGUAGGAGCACUUACCCAUUCGGUAGGCUCAGUCACUUUCUCUAUUAUACCUUGGAGUCGGUCUUUUACUUCAGCAAUAAAGUUGUUCUUCACAGAGAGGGGGAUCUCUCUAGGAGCUGUUUUGUGAGGAGUGACAUCAUUACUUGUGUGAAGAUGUAGUUCGCCCUCAAACUUUCCUGUACUGUCAUCAAAGACUUGAGGGUAGUUAGUCAGAAUGGUCUCCAAGGUGAGUGGUGCCGUCACUUCACUGGCAGUUACAGGGACACUUGGGUUAGCUGGGGCUACUACAGCAAUAUUCUCUCUUAAGAGCUCAAUGACUUUGGGUGUUUGAGAGUCAUUUAGACCGAUCAGAGGUGUUAGGUCUCUGUCAACAAUUCUAAACUGAAUUAUCAUUUCUUCACUGGUUGCAGGAUUUAGCACAAAGGCUUUUCUGGUUCCUAGGGUCUGAAUUUUGGUUCCUUCAUCAUAGAGAGACAGAACAGGUUUGACUACGGUGUUAAGGUCUGUGAGAUCAUAAUCUCCACUGAUGUCUUUGUACACAUUCACAGGGAGAAUGCUACAUGUUGAACCAGAGUCUAUCUGAAAGCUAACAGGAAUUCUUUUCUUCGACAGAAGUAGGUUUGCAAAAGCUUUCUUGUGAUCACCGUUUUGAUUAAGUACACAGAUUUUGUCAAGAACUUCAUAAUAGUGAUCCUCACCAUCUUCUUCUACUCUCAGUACAAACGGUUUUGAGGUUGAUUUUGAUUGUUUUGAAUCUGAGUGUUUCUCCUGCUUUCCUUUUUGUAAGCGUUUACACUCCUUUGAGUCUUGAAAGUGAUUUUUGGCCUUGCAUUUUCUGCAGACUGCUCCCCAGGCGGGGCAGAGUUUCUUGUCUGAAAAGCUAUGAGCUCCCUUUUUGUUUGCAUAGUAAUUACACAUGAGGACUUUCUUGGGCUUAUCUUUAGAAACAGCUUUUAUACUCUCUUUUGCAGGAGUUCGGUUUGCACUACACUCUUGGACUUCAAUCUUUGUACUUUCAUAAGCCUUGCCAAUUGUAAUAGCUUCAACUCUUGUGAGAGUGUUUCCUUUUUCUAGCAAUCUUUUCUUUAUUUCUUCGUCAGAGACACCAUAAACAAACUGAUCUCUCAUUUGUCUAUCUUCGUCUACAUAAUUACAGUCUUCCACUAACAGCAGCAGAUCAGUGGCAAAAGCAGUUAUUGUCUCUCCAGGUUUUUGCACUCGUUCUUUAAAUUUCUUAGAAGCAACAAUCUCGUUACAUUCUGGACCUACCGCUCGCUCCAACUUAGUCCAUAUCAGAUCAUAGUCGUUUACAUCCUCAACUUCAAACCAGUCCAGGCUGUCGUAUAUCUUUUGACCUUCAGGGCCAAGCCAAUCUUGAACCAAAAUACAUUUUCUUUCAUUCGAAAUAUUCACAAGACUUCCUUUGAAGAUGUAAUUACAUUUCUUUUUGAAGGCUUUCAAUGCUUCUACGCCGAUUCUCCUGGCGAGAAUCGAACUUGAGUCGCUCGGAGUUCAUGAUAUUACCAGUAAAGAAACCUUGAUUUUGAUCUUGAGCUGGGGCCGCAGCUUCGGCUCCUUCUUCCGACAUGUUUAACUCGUGGUUUUGCAAGGUUUUGGCGCGAAAAUCUCAGGCAGUAUGUUUGAGCGAUCGACGAGACUCCACACUCACAGACCAAACAAGAUCACAAAAAGUCAGAUCGAUAGCAGAUCGAUAGCAGCAGAAUAAUCAGCGUUUGUUCACACUCCUGGUACCAUGUUUCGGUGAGAGCUCUAACAGUAACAAGACAGUAACUCAACUCAACGCAACGACAGAACGUAGCUCUGAUCUGCCGAGCCCCUUCCCAUGAUGCCUAGCACUAGGGUUACCACCCUCUAACACACGUAUCAUAUUUGUAACCAAACAAUAUUACGUGUCCGUAGCGAUAUAUUGCAAUGAAGUAAAAUUUAAUCUAUAAUACGCGUAAACAGCUAACGACUCUGCCUGUUAGUAAUCAAAUAGCAUGAGCAGUUUAUAUCUUAUAUCGAUUUUUUAUGUGCUUUUCAUUCAAAGCAAGCUGUAAGAAAAUAAAAAUAACAUUUCUUUUUUCACAUUUUUGCUAAAACAAACAAAAAAGUCAACAGCAAAAUACAACACAACACGUGUGCACAGUAUGUUGCCCGGUAUUCGGCCACUUCAGUUUAACAUUACUAUAACUUUCCUUUCCUGGUCGCAAGAGUUCUGAAGUGUGGCCCAGAGACAAUCUAUUUAGUCCUUAACAUGAUGAAAGACAGUUUAAUUUCUUUGCCUUCGUUUCCAUAGCGAAAUUAUUUUCCAAUUUUUGCAGAGCUCCUAUGUUGCCCAGUAUCCGGCCACUACAAUAACAACAUAGUUAUACAAAAAUUUCGACAGGGAAGCGACUUAUAAGCUCUUCUUGCACGCACUUGCAAAGUAGUUUGGCAUUCGAUUCCACAAAUGUUAAUCGACGUGGAAACCUAGCAUCGUGAAGCAAAACAUAACAAAUAAUACCUGAACACUAGGACGCGAUUGAUACUGAAAGGUUGACUUAUUUAGAUCUUACUUUUGACAAACUUUAACUCCAACCUUCAAAUCUCGAGCUUCCCAGAAUGAAAAGAAAUAAUAAAAAAAAAAACUAAAAAAUUACCUGCGCCUUCCAUAUGAUUCUAACGCAAAUGGAGCACUGCCACUUUGAUGAACCUCUUUUCUUCAGUAAUUAACGACAAUUCCGCUUGGAAACUCUCAGACGAUGCGAUUAAAUCUUCAAGUACAAAUUCUUAUGUCUCUAUCGUGGGUUUUUUUGUCCACUGAAAAAGCAUAUUCUUCCUUCCCACGGUUAAAGAAUUUGGAGUUAAUUCUAUUUAUAAACACGCUUCCACUACACGGCUUACAUCCAAGACCUUCCUUCUACAAUAUCUCGUCCAAGAAUCAUCUAAAUUGUCUCAAAAACCUAAGGUUCGAAAGCUUAUUUGUUUGAGUUUUCGUCGUCAUUUUUGGUUGUGGCAAUAUUUUUGAUCAGCGGCUUUUAUUUGACUUUAAACAACAAUGUAUUUGACCACUCGACCUUUCCGAACAUUAUGAGCACUGGAAUCACAGUAAAAACCAGCGGUUAAAACCAUUGCGAAACAGUCUGAAUGUAAGUCGCGCGAAAUUUAAUAUGCGAGAUUCCUGGACAUGUAUAGAUAUGAAAUAAAUCUUGCCCGAAUAGAACGCAGCUAAUUCAUCGAUUCUGCAGCAAAGAAAAAACUUGCCGUAUACCAGGCAUCUGACAUUAAUACUUAGUGAAUGAUGUUUCUGGCCUCCAUUAUUGCAACCAAAUUGAAUUUCAAGAAGAAUUUAUGGAUUUUCUGACACUGACUUCCUUAAGUAUAAUCUUCACUUUAAAUAUAAAAAAGUUUCUUUAAAAAUAUCACAUAUUACCAAUCCUUAUUUGAACACCACUAGUUUUACUGCGCGGUAAACAGCGUAAAUAUUAGCCAUGAAAAGUUUACUGACCUGAACAGAACGGCGAAUUCUGCAACUGUUUCUCAAGCUGUAAACCCGCCAAAAGUUUGCAUUUUUAAGCUGAGAUCAUAAGCUCCCAUUCGAAAUACUUCGUUUACCGAAAGCUGAAAAGGGCGCGGCAAAAAUUGAGUUUUUGUUUUAAGUGGCCGGAUACUGGUACAGGCCGGAUACUGGGCAACAUACUAUAUCGUCUUUUGUUGAUUGUUAAAGUAAUAUUUACUUAUAUUUGCCUCUUCCUCUUUCAUUUAAGGAAAUUAUAUGUACAUUGAAACAUCCUCUCCAAGAAGACCUGGCGACAAAGCCAAGCUUGUUCUUACUGUUCCAAACAAGGGAGAAAUAUCAUGCCUUUCGUUUUACUAUCAUAUGUAUGGAGCUUCAGUUGGAACUCUUAACGUAUACAGCGGAAACAGCAAAGUCUUUAAUAUUUCCGGACAACAGAGUAAUUACUGGAUUGUGGUGGAGAGAAACAUUAUUCUGAAUGGAUUGGUAAGAGAAAAAAGAGUGCUAACGCGUACGUAAUUCUAGCUAGCGUAUCGUUAUCCUCAUCAACAUCAUCAUCGCCAUGCAUCAUCAUCAUCAUCAAUAUCAUUAUCAUCAUCAUCAUCAUCAUCAUCAUCAUCAUCAUUAUCGUUAUCUUCGCCACCACCUUAAGGUGGCUCGACUGGAUUUUUUGGGGUUGAUACCUCCCAACUUUGAGCAUUACCUUCGUCGGCAUGAGUAAAGAUAUGGAAAAAAUGUUACCACAACUGUAUUAUAUAAAGAUGAAAAUUUCUUAUGAUCUGGGUUUUAUUGCAAUCGGAGUCGCCAUGGCAACGUAAUGACGCCAUUACGUUUUUCAUUUAUCUUUGUGUUUCUCUGUUCCAAGAGUUUUUUGAAGAAAUCGCUUUAGGGAGUAUGUACCUGCUAUAAUUGCCUCCAUUACGGCGUAGUUUGAACAAAUUCUAUGAGAGCGUUUUCGAAAUAUUUUGAAAUGUAAUUUUAAGAAUAAUAAAAACAGUGAAAUAGCAUGCUACCUACACAAUUCGUUAAUAUUUCAAGAAAAUGAUAAGCUUUGGGAACGAGGCUUCAUCUCAUAACGGUUUGAUUCCAUUGAAAACUGCAUACGAAAAAAGAGGGGAAUUGCUCAGGGCGAUCGCGAGUAAUAAGAAUUUUAUUAACUUACAUUUAGCUGCUUUUGAUACAGUUUUUGCACGUAAUUUGGUCCAUGCCUAAAAAUGUCGCAUUUUUCCAAAAACCGCUCGAUAAAUUUUUCUAUAAAUUCGACAAUCCCGAGACCAAUUGUCAAGGAAUAUUCCCUGCAAGUUUUAAGAACAUUGAAAACAGGGAAGGCUUUUAAAUAGGGCCUCAAAUAUAGCCAAUUUCCCCCCCAGAUUUUGUGUUUACAAGUGAGCGUCCUCAUUAUUCACUGGCAUUGUUUUCAAGUCUCAUAUACACGUGCACAUUUAGCAAAAAGAUAGAAUUUACAUCAAAAAGGACCCUCCGUUAAAUCUCCGGGAUAUGCUAAUUACCGGGUAAAGAGAUUAAUGAUAUAUUAUAACAUCAGAGCAACUCUUUGUGAGAGUUUCUUUGAUGUUAUAACCCGAGUAACAUAAUUAAGUAUUCCAUCCUACACGAUGAGCCGUGACGUUCACCUUUUCGGCUCUCACUGCUGUCUGUGACGACAAGCCAAUUAUUAGCAUACUCCAGAUAUUUCUCUGGAAAGUAAUCGAGAGUUCUUUUUGAUGCAAAUUUAUAACUUUUGCUAGUUGUGCACGUGCAUAUGAACCUUGAAAACAAUGCCAGUGAAUAAUGAGGACGCUCACUUGUAAACACAAAAUCUGGGGGGAAAAUUGGUUAUAUUUGAGGCCCUAUUUAAAAGCCUUCCCUAUUUUCAAUGUUCUUGAAACGUGCAGGGAAUAUUUCUUGAUAAUUGAUCUCGGGAUUGUCGAAUUUAUAGAAAAAUUUAUCGAGCCGUUUUUGGAAAAAUGCGAAAUUUUUAGGCAUAGACCAAAUUACGUGCAAAAACUGUAUCAAAAGCAGCUGAAUGCAAGUUAAUAAAAUUCUUCUUACUCGCGAUCGCCCAGAGCAAUUCCCCUCUUUUUUCGUAUGCAGUUUUCAAUGGAAUCAAACCACUACGAGCUGAAACCUCGUUCCCAAAGCUUAUCAUUUUCUUAGAAUAUUAGCGAAUUGUGUAGGUAGCAUGCUAUUUCACUGUUUUUAUUAUUCUUAAAAUUACAUUUCAAAAUAUUUCGAAAACGCUCUCAUAGAAUUUGUUCAAACUACGCCAUAAUGGAGGCAAUUAUAGCAGGUACAUACUCCCUAAAGCGAUUUCUUCAAAAAACUCUUGGAACAGAGAAACACAAAGAUAAAUGAAAAACGUAAUGGCGUCAUUACGUUGCCAUGGCGACUCCGAUUGCAAUAAAACCCAGAUCAUAAGAAAUUUUCAUCUUUAUAUAAUACAGUUGUGGUAACAUUUUUUCCAUAUCUUUACUCAUGCCGACGAAGGUAAUGCUCAAAGUUGGGAGGUAUCAACCCCAAAAAAUCCAGUCGAGCCACCUUAAAGGGAACCUCCACUUCAACAAAAAGAUAACUUUAAAUCACAGGAAAUAACUGUUACAGUCAAGUCAAUCUAAAAUAUUUUUAAAGAAAGCGUUUCUAUCCGAAAGAAAUAACUUUUAGAUUCGCCUAUUUUUGUUUUCAAAUUUUGCGGGCGUCGCCAUCUUGAAUAAUUGUGACGUGUUAUGGUUGCCCUAUUGUUAUUAAACAAAAGCUCUUUGUGUCAGAACAAUAGAGCAACCGUAACACGUCACAAUUAUUCAAGAUGGCGGCGCCCGCGAAAUUUGAAAGUGAAAAUAAGCGAUUUUAAAAUUCACUUUUCCUGAUAUAAACACUUUUUUUAAGGACAAAUUUCGAACAAAUUUGUUUAUCAACAUAAUUGUAUUCGAUUUAAACUUAUUCUGUAGUAAGAGUGGAGGUUCCCUUUAAGAGAGUAUAAGCAGACAGAAAGUGUCAGGUAUAUUGCUAACUACAACUCGACACUUUCCGCAGGUCAUAUUCGAGGGAAUUGCAGGAAAUUCAUUCACUGGGGAUAUAGCGAUUGAUAGUGUAGAAAUAAACAGUGGAAACUGUCCAGGUAAAAGUAAAUCGAUUUGUAUAUUUUUUUAGCCUUCAAACAGGCUCACUUGUGUGGAAAUUCACUUUUCCUUGCGCGCUGGUACCCGUAGCUCCGCUGACCAAAUUUCCACUCACUGUCACAACUGAGACCGCUUACAGGCUAUAAUUUUAAAAACCCUCAACACUAAUCUUUACCUGAAUAUUUUCAUUUUAUACGCACUCUUCCGUUGUCCUGGCCUACUCAUACUAUGCGUUUUUGUUUAAUUACGAGAAGUUGAGCGUGGUUCAACUUUUACGCUCACAAGCUAAACUUUCGUACAUUGCCUCUAUUUUAUUUGCACACGUAAAUUUUACGCACGUAGGCGCGUAAAAAUUACCAGAUCAUGCUGCGGCCUAAAAAGUAGGGGAGGGC